AUUUCAGUCUCCAGUCCUGGUGCUAGCACUGACAUAAAUGUUAAGAAAAUUGCUGGUAUUAGUGAUGUCUGUGAAUCUAUGAAGCAACAACUUUUGGUCCUGGUGGAAUGGGCUAAAUAUAUUCCAGGCUUCUGUGAAUUACCACUGGAUGACCAGGUUGCCCUGCUAAGAGCACAUGCUGGGGAACACCUGUUGCUUGGAGCAGCAAAACGAUCCAUGGCUUAUAAGGACAUUUUACUUUUAGGCAACAAUUACAUAAUCCAUCGCAACAGUACUGAAGUAGAGAUCAGCCGAGUGGCAAAUCGGAUUCUAGAUGAACUAGUUCGACCCUUCCAGGAAAUUCAAAUAGACGACAAUGAGUACGCUUGCUUGAAAGCAAUUGUGUUUUUUGAUCCAGAUGCAAAAGGCCUGAGUAAUCCAAUGAAGAUUAAGAACAUGCGGUUCCAAGUCCAAAUCAGUUUAGAGGAUUAUAUUAAUGACCGACAGUAUGACUCCCGAGGAAGAUUUGGAGAACUUUUGCUUCUACUGCCUACACUCCAGAGCAUCACUUGGCAAAUGAUUGAGCAAAUACAAUUGGUUAAACUAUUUGGAAUUGUUAAAAUUGACAGUUUGCUUCAGGAAAUGUUACUGGGAGGUACUUCUAAUGAUGCCAGUCAUCUGCAUCACCCAGUACAUCCUCACUUAGCCCAAGAUCCAUUAACUGGCCAAACUGUCCUUAUAAGUUCAAUGUCUGCUCCUGUACAUACAGAACAGAUUUCAACUCCAGAAACUCCUUUACCUUCCCCUCCUCAAGGCUCUGGGCAAGAAUACAAAAUGUCUACAAAUCAGGCUUCAGUCAUUGCACAGCAAUCUAUUUUGAAACAAAAACCAUUGUGA